CUUUGAGACAAAAUAUCCCCUCAACCAUCACCCUCCCACAUUAUUUCGACCAAGACACCAAAAUAAGUGAGAAGAGGUCUGCAACUUCUCAUCUCCAUGUCCAAAAACCGAGCUCAAGGUUGAAGGAGGCUCAAGGAAGAAGAAAAGCUUGGAAAAGAAGAGAAAAACUUAGAAAAAUCAAGGAACUUGUCAAAGGUGUUCCUAUAGCUUCCACGGAGUUGGAAGAGUCGCCGGAGUUUUCGCCGGAAAAUUCAAAGGUCGCCGGAGUUCAAACAAAGAGGAUAAAAGCUUGUUAGCAUCAUUUCAAGGUUGAAGCUAGAGCUUACUUCCUGCACCCGUUGCUCGGGAGAUCGAUGGAGAGAAGACGUGGAAUGGGUGGUAGUGAUAGGGCGGUUCGAGGAAAUCCGAGAGGGCGCGCACCGGGGAUAGCCGGGCAAACCAACCGGGGAAUACCACGAUUGCCAAAAAGGCGAGGUGGGGGCCACCAGGGCCAACGAACACGAGCCGCAAUUGCUGAUUGCAAUGUGUUCGAAUUCGAGUCGUGGAACUCAGAGGAUGACUCAACUUAUCAUCCUGAAAGUGAGUCUGAAGAAACUUCUUUUGAAGAAAACGAUGGAGAGGAUAUGCACAGUAUUCCUCCUGAUCAGAUUAGUGAGAUGUACCGAUGGUACCAGCGGGAAAGGGAAAGGCAACGACAAAGAUCCCAGGUGGGACAUGUCAGAGACGACACCUCUCGCAGGAGGGGUCGGGGUGCUCAUAGAGCACAGGUUAAGACAAUCAGAGAUUCUGAUGGUGAAGGACCAUUCAUUAAGAUCUCAAAGUACCUCAAAGAGGCUAGGGCCUUGGGGUGCAAACCGUUUGAUGGGACGGGGGAUAUCUCGGAAGCGGCCGAGUGGAUAAAAAGGUUAAAUGAUGCAGCCGAUGACAUGCAAGUGGUCCCUGAUCGGAAGUUAAGGGUAGCCACUAGAUUGUUGGAAGGUUUAGCUUCUACUUGGUGGGAAGGCAUCAAGGGUAAGUUUGACGGGGUUGUCACGUGGGACAAUUUCGAGCAAUCAUUUUAUGAACAGUUUUAUACCUCUUUCGAAGUUAAUCGAAAGAGGAGGGAAUAUACAAAUCUCAAACAGGGCAAUGAGUUUACGGUGAAGCAAUUGGAACAAAGAUUCCGACAUUUGGCAAGGUUCUUGCCUGAAUAUGCCGCCAAUGAGGAUCGAAUGGCGAACCAUUUUUGGAAUGCACUGAAUUUGGAGGUACGCGAAAGGGCGACCUAUCAAUUCAACAUGACUUUUAGUCAAGUAGUAGCCCAGGGUCUCCAGGGGGAGGAGCUUUGGGAGGAAAGGCAAGCAAUGGGUGCUAAGGAAGCACAAGAAAGGGAUCAGAUGAUCAACCUUCCUCUGCGACGAGAGAGGAAGUAUGACUUUCAAAGCGAGGGGGACUCUAGCAAGUUAGUUCCAUUUUCAAAAGGGAGCAAGAACUGGGUAAGUCAAAGCUCAAGCACUCGGGGCACGGGAGCGCCCAAAUGUGAGAAUUGUAGGCGGAGGCACCACGGGAUAUGUCUAGAACCAUCUAGAUGCUACUUUUGUGGAGAAACGGGUCACAUAAAGGCUCAUUGUCCUCAACGUGUACGGGAAGGAGCCUUGGGGGCCCACAGGGGAGUCACGGAGGUUGCAAACCCAAUAGGGAUUGCUUCAAAUGUUUUACUAUCCACCAAUCGGUGGAAAUUAAAACUCGCUCGUGAUGGCGAAGAAUGAUGGAGGCCAUUUGUGAGAAUCGCUAUGGCAUAAGGUAAUUUUUAUUUAAACCUUACAUUUAAUAAAAAUAUUAUGAUGUUGAAAAUGGUUAGCUUCAAUUAAUGAAGGGAGAAGUAUUUCUCAAGGUUAAGACGUAAAUUUCGGGGACGAAAUUCCUGUAAGGGGGGGUGAACUUGUAACACCGGACCCGAAUUUUACCCAGAUAAAAAUUUUUCGUAAAGUACUGGGUUAAAGAAGGUAAAUCAAGACUAAGAGUAGUCUUGAUAAAUGAGAAAGUAAAAUUUUGUCUUAAAUUAAUAAAAGGUUAUUAAUUUAGACGUGGAACCACUCGUGAUGAUAUUCUAAGUUUAUUUAUAAAAUAUUAAUGUUUACCAAAAUGAUACUAUUAUGAUAGUAGGGAUGGGUCAUGGACCCUAAUGAUAUAAAGAACGACAACUAGACGGUCAAGCGGGCCGAGGUCACUAUCCGAUAAUUGUGAAUCAUUAACUAUCGGACUGAUAAUAAUUCGGAAGGCUACGAAUUAAUAACAGAAGGAAUAUAAAUAUUUUAAGAACCCAAAAUAAUGAGAUGAUUAAUAUUGAUUAAUAUGGUAUAUUAAGGAGGGUACUUUUGGAUGACCCUACCUUGAAGAUAUUUGUAUAAGGACAAACAGAUAAGAUUUUAUCUGUUCAUACAUAUCAGACCACUUAAAAAAGAAGUGUAACAUUUUAUUAAAGUGUCACAAAAUAUGAAACAACAUAUUUAGUCAUGAGAAAUGAUGAAUGAAUUUUCGAGGAAACACGUUCUCAUUUUUACUGUUACUUGAACAGUAAAAUGCACGUUGGGCCCACACAUGGGCGGAGACCAUCCGAUAUUUACGGACCACAUAUUAUGUUCAUCUUGGUCUAGGUAAUAUUUAUAUGAGGGUGUAAAUAAAUUUUAAGCCAUAAAGUCGGCCUUUCGAUCAAACGAGAUCCCAUUACUGGUAUAGGUAAUUAAACAGAUAACAGCCGAAAUUAAUUUCAGCGACCACGAAAUUACAGUGGGAUAAUAUAUAUUCAUUCUAGAGGCCAAUAUUAAUUGGAAGAAUGAUAUAUAUUUUAUUUGACAAGAUAAAAUGAAAUUUAAUUAAAACAGUCCGAAAAAUACAACUUUCGGGGCCGAAUGUACACCUCGGGACAUAUUGGGAUGACCUCCCACAUGAGUGGGGGCCACCCCACGACUUUUUGCAUCCAAUUGAGAUGGUGUGGGCUUCAUACAUUGAAUCAAGUUGAGAGUUGGGUGAGAAGGGACAUAAGGUGGGCUCUCCCUCUCACCAUUAUCACACCUUUGAGACAAAAUAUCCCCUCAACCAUCACCCUCCCACAUUAUUUCGACCAAGACACCAAAAUAAGUGAGAAGAGGUCUGCAACUUCUCAUCUCCAUGUCCAAAAACCGAGCUCAAGGUUGAAGGAGGCUCAAGGAAGAAGAAAAGCUUGGAAAAGAAGAGAAAAACUUAGAAAAAUCAAGGAACUUGUCAAAGGUGUUCCUAUAGCUUCCACGGAGUUGGAAGAGUCGCCGGAGUUUUCGCCGGAAAAUUCAAAGGUCGCCGGAGUUCAAACAAAGAGGAUAAAAGCUUGUUAGCGUCAUUUCAAGGUUGAAGCUAGAGCUUACUUCCUGCACCCGUUGCUCGGGAGAUCGAUGGAGAGAAGACGUGGUUCGUGCUUCCUCUCGUUCUAUUUUUAAAUAAUUAAAUAAUGCUCAUGGAACUAUUUUCACUUAUAAAUUAAUGGAGCCUGCGAGCUCUUGUUUUACCCUUGUGUGGGUUCUUACUAAACACUUAUAUUCCGCUAUGUGUUUGAUUGUAUGUUGAUGUUGUUAUGUAUGUUUA